CGGGCUGGACUCAACCUGGCGGCUGGAGUCCAGUCCCAGCGCGGUGGAUCGCGGAGCACGUCCCAGCCGAGUGGCUCGCCCGACGCGUCGGGGUUGUAACUGUAAUGGGCACCGAGGGGAAAACCGGCAAGAAACUGCUGUUUCUCUUCACGUCUGUGAUUCUUGGCUCUUUGGUACAAGGCAAGGGAUCAGUGUACACUUCUCAGCCCGACGUCCAAGUUGCCGAGAAUAACUCUGUCAAGCUGUCCUGUACCUACUCUGGCUUCUCCUCUCCCCGAGUGGAAUGGAAGUUCGUCCAAGGUGACACUACCACGCUUGUUUGCUAUAACAGCCAGAUCACAGCUUCCUAUGCAGGUCGUGUUACCUUCUCGUCCAGUGGCAUCACAUUCAAUUCUGUGACCCGGAAAGACACCGGAGCAUAUACUUGUAUGGUCUCUGAGGACGGUGGCCAGAACUAUGGGGAAGUCAACAUCCACCUCACCGUGCUUGUGCCCCCAUCCAAACCGACGGUCAAUAUCCCCUCCUCCGUCACCAUUGGGAACAGGGCAGUGCUGACCUGCUCAGAACAAGAUGGUUCCCCACCUUCUGAGUAUUCCUGGUUCAGGGAUGGGAUAGACAUGCUUACAGAUGCCAAGAAAACCCGUGCCUUCGUCAAUUCUUCAUACACCGUUGAUCCAAAGACAGGGGACCUGAUCUUUGAUCCUGUGACAGCCUUUGAUACUGGCGAAUACUAUUGUCAAGCCCAGAAUGGCUUUGGGACAGCCACGAGGUCAGAGGCCGUACGCAUGGACGCUGUGGAGCUGAAUGUGGGGGGCAUCGUGGCCGCUGUCCUGGUAACACUGAUUCUCCUUGGAGUCUUGAUUUUUGGCAUCUGGUUUGCCUACAGCCGAGGAUACUUUGAAAGAACAAAGAAAGGGACCGCACCAAGUAAAAAGGUGAUCUACAGUCAGCCCAGUACUCGAAGUGAGGGGGAGUUCAAACAGACCUCGUCAUUCCUGGUGUGACCUCCUGCGGCUCACCUGUUUCUUCUCCACUUGUCUUACUCAGGUGCUACAGGUUCCAGCCCCUGCUGGCUGUAGCUGCACAGGAUGCCUUCAAUGUCUUCUAGGUCUCACAGGACCCCUUGCUUUUAUUUUAGCUAGGAUACGGUUUUAAUAAGGUCGGCUAUUUCUCCCUCCUCUUUCCUGCCCACCAUGGCCUGAGACUAGUUACAAAGUCUCAUUCCCUGUUCUGAUGUGGAAUUGGACAAGAGUCCUAGAUUUGGCAGCAAAAAUGACUGGACUGACAGGAACCUGAAACCAGUACCUGACUUUAAUGGCCUUUGAAUAAGAACUUUUAAGCCUAAUUCCCCAGUUUUCUCUUCGCUUGAUGAGGAUGGUUGCCUGCUGCUCUAGAGUGGGAAUUGGAGAAAGGAGGGACUGAAGCAUUCGGUGGUGACCUCAGCUCUUUGGUCUCUGGAGCCUUCUGUCCCCACAAAAUGUGCCACUGGGAUUCUUCUCCUGGAUACAAGCAAAUUGCCACCACGGUCCGUAUGAGGUGGGAGAACUCAGCACUCUCCCAAGAGGCUUGGAGUAAGAGAGAUUUAAACUACUAAUCUAAAGAAAAGGCUGGGACUUGUAGCCGGCAGCACUCUUCCCUUGACUGGAACAACUGCACAGACCCUUGUAAGAUGUGUGUGAAUUCUGGAGAUGUGUGCAUUGUAGUCUUGCCCCUUUGGUGGACUCUGUGUGUGUGUGUGUGUGUGUGAGAGAGAGAGAGAGAGAGAGAGAGAGAGAGAGAGAGAGCGCGAGCGCGAGCGCGCGUGAGUGCACACGCUGGGCUUCCCCAGCUCUUUGGCAAGGUUGUGUUUCUGUGUGUUUAUAUUAGACAGAUGUUGGAAAUAAAAAUUUGGUUUGUCAAACUUGUUUUUGUUGAAGUAAGGGAAGGAGAUCUUUAAGGGACGGCUUCUUUGUAUGAACAGGAAAAUACAUGAAAGUUCUGCUUCCCAGCAACCUGUGGCUGGCCCUCAGGACUGUUUUCUUAGCUCAAGGCAAUACUUCAGAGACGUCAGAACUUCCUCGCAGCCUCCUACUGCUCGGUGAAGCUGGAAAUCUGCUGGCAGGAAGUGGGUGGGUUCUCCUUAGCCCUUUAGUCCAGUGGGGAAGAAAGCGCCCUGCACUGUCCUGCCUGCGUGCAUAAUGGACCAAGGCUUCUAAGGGGGCGUUCUUUGAUCAUUUGAAGAACUGCCUUAAUGUUUGAGACAGCAGAAAUGACAAGAUAGCUCUGGGUCAUUGCUUUCUUCACUGUGGGCCCCUUUCAGCCGCUGGAAAUUAAACACUCGCCUAAGGGUCUUCCACCAAUAAAGCAUUUUCCAAAGGAAAUCAAAUCCAAUUGAACAAUAAAAGAAAAAUUUGAAACAGUUCAGUAAAGAUAA